AAGGGGCCGGGAUAGGGUGGGCUCCCUCAUACAUAUAGGGCUCCUGUGGAGAAAAGGCGGGAAAACAUUACAGCUCGUAGGCCACGCCCUCUGAAAGCAGAGUCCUCAAGUUUGGGCGGGAAAAGUGUGACAGGAAGGUGUGAGGGCCAAAGGAGGGCGCCAUUAUUCUUGCCUAAGGAGCUACAGGGUCCUCCUGUUACAGUAAGGUGUGAGGGCCUAAGGAGGAACCAUUACUCUGGCCUAGAGCUAUAGGAUCCUUCUGUGACAGUAAGGGUAUCGGAUGACAUAUAGAUUAACAUGGACGCUCUACAGAAUGGUGAAGAAAACCACUGGCAGAAUGAUGAGGCAACGCCUGGACAGCAAGGUCUCGCAGAGCUGUGUGCUGGAACGGUGGCCCUCUGCUCUCUGUAUUACAUCCGCCUGAUGAAGGAAAGAAGGAGACGGGAAUUGGAACGGCGAGGAAGAAUUUUACGUUUCCGGCGCACCAAAGCGAGGGAGCGCAUGCACUUCGCUGUUCUGUGGACUUCGCAGCUGUUAAGCAGCUGGGAGGUUUCGUCAUCUGUGAAUAUUGAAGAGAGGCAGGGAAUCUAUGGCAAUGCCCGCUCCUCGCUGCUUUGGAACUCUGUUAUAGAAAAAGCUUUUACCAACUUCGACUGGAUUGAGAGCUUCCGUAUGACAAAGUCAAGUUUUUGUUACUUGUGUGACCAGUUACGGCCAGUCAUGGAGAACAUAGAUAGCGAAACACUUCAGGCCAUCCCGGUAGAGGUGCGGUUGGCCAUGACAUUAUGGCGUCUUGGCUCCUCGUGUGAAUAUCGAACUAUUGAGAAAAUCUUUGGAGUCUCACGUUCCACUAUAUCUAAGGUUGUUAAGGAGGUUUCUGAGGCUGUGGUCUCCAUUCUUACCCCCAAGUUCAUUACCAUUCCUCGAGGAGACAUUCUUCAGAACACCAUGAAGAGUUUUGAGCGACUUUUUGGUAUACCACAAUUAGCCGGAAUUAUUGGCACUUUCCAUGUUGCUAUACGACCCCCCAGUGAACUGACUGGUCAGUAUUUUAAUACCAAAGGUUGGCACUCUGUGGUUCUUCAGGCUGUGGUGGACUCUGACCAUUGCUUCUGGGACAUAAAUAUCGGCAGUCCUGGAAACUCCUCCGACUCCCAAGUUUUAUUGACUUCAGAGCUGUAUGAAUGGGGGACGGAAGGAACUCUUUUUCCUAAUGUAGCGAAGUAUGUUGGUGGAGCACAAAUACCCAUUCACUUACUAGGAUCCCGUUCCUAUCCCUUACUGCCCUGGCUGAUGACUCCUUUUUCCAAACAGUUGGGCCCAGAGAGUACAAAGCUGAAUAAACAGUUUUCGUCCGCCCUGCGUGUGGCAGAAGUAGCGUUUGGACGCCUCAGGGGACGCUGGUGUUGUCUGUUAAAACACAAUAACUCUGAUCUCUCAUUCAUACCUACUUUGAUUGCUGCUUGCUGCACACUUCAUAAUGUUUGUGAGUCUCGUGGAGAUCCAUUCCAAGAACAUUGGCUAGAAGAAGCCGCUGAGGAAGAGUUAGAACAGCCCAGUGAGGGCGAGGAGGAUGAGUUGGUGCCGGAACGAAGGUCCGAGGAGAUUCGAGAUGCUCUUGCCAAUAAUGUAUGUGCGCACAAUGGUGGGCUGUAAAGGAGGGUCAGUCAGCUUUCUGGAUCCUUGAUAUUUUAUUUUACCCCUUAGUGUACUAUAAUGGGUUCAUAAGACUUCCAUUAUUAUUUUGCCUUUACUACUUCCUUAAUGCCUUAGAUCAGGGGUAUUCAACCACUUUUAGAUAAGGUCUACUUAUUCUGGUCUGCAGUCAGGUGGAGGUCCGAGGUGUACACUAAUUUCAGGUUCCCAUGUAGUGCUCGCAACACGGAAUAGGUCAAGACUGCUCUUAUAUACACCUAUUAACAAGCAAAGCGCUAGCAGUUUAAGGGAGUAUGAAAAGCGGCAUUGUGGCUGCAGCCUCAACCACAAUGCGACUGCUACGUGUGAACCCAGCCCAGCCACAGGGUUAAAAGAAGGCAAAUGAGAUUGAAAGAAGGGACUUGGGGUUACUUACUAUUAAUGUUACACACUAUACCCUCAUACACUGCCACACACUGUGUCCCCUAUGUAUAAUAAUAUGAUGGUGCCAGAUGCAGUGCCCCCCAAAAAUUAUUCUUCCACGCAUGAUGCCCCUGAAUGUAAUACCGUCAUACAUGAUGCCCCCUGAAAACCACAGCUCCACACACUUUACCCUCAAAAUAUAAUACUACCAUACGCUAUACCCUCUAAAUAUAACCCACACACUGUACUCUCCAAAUAUAAUACUGCCACACAUUGUACCCCCUGAAUAUAUAUUUGCCAUGCAUGGUGCGCCCUGAAUAUAAUAUUGCCACACACACUGUAUCCCUUGAAUGUAAUACUGCCAAAUAUAGCACCCCUUAAUAUAAUACUGCCACACACGGUUUCCCCUCAGUAUAUUAUUGCCAUGUAUGGUGCUCCCUGAAUAUAUUAUUGCCACACCCCCAUGAAUAUAAUACUGCCAUACAUAGUGCCCCCAAAUAUAAUACCACCACACAUAGGGCACCAUUAAAACCUCUCUAGACACGGUUUCCCUACUGAAUGUUACAGCAAUAAAACUGCCGCCCUCCAAUAUCUGUAUUAGACUGUGCCCCCCUCUAUAAAUAAUAUAUUUGCUCUAAAUGUAGAAAAUCCUUCCUAAACUGAUGUCUAAAUCCUCUUUUUCAUGUGUACUUAAUGGUCUCUGAUUCUUUGUAACUUCCUUGGACAGAACAUAAACUUCUAUAAAAUCUAAAUAAUGUUUGGCAUGUAUGUGCUGUUAAAAAAGAUUGACAUUCUCUUCCAUGGUAUUUGGUGUUUGAUAUUUACAUUGUAUAGCAAUAUAAAUGUCCACCUGAUCUGAGCACUGGAGGACAUACAUGCUCUCCACAUCCUCUUAAUGAGCUGAGUGCUGAAGGGAACAUAUGGUCCAUGAUUCUUAGGGCUCAUUCACACUAAGGAAUGUUUGCAUGGAGAGAUUUCAGGCAGAGAUUCCAUUCGUAUGCGUGCACUUGAAACAAAACAGCAAUCGCCAAUGGCAAACGAUCAUACGCUAACUAAGUUAAAUACACAGCGAAACAGCGUAUAUAGAUCAAUGUAUCAAAACCUUUAUUAAACAUGAAUAAAACAGACAUUUAAAAUCGCAUAAAAUUACAAACAUAAUAUAUAUAGCCCUUGUAAUGGGCCUACCCAACCAGGGACAACCAGGGGGAAAGAGAAAAGGAGGUCAAGAUAGUGUGCAGCAGCAAGUUCUGGGCAUAAAUUAAGCCAAUGUAUUGUAAACAUUAGACACUAAGGUGCGAUAAACAGUCAGCACCUUUGAUGGAUUGCCCUCUAUUAUGAAAAAAUGCCAAUAGGGGCAAAGGCCGCUGCCUAACACUAACAAUAAGAGUAUAUAAUAUAACAUGCCUAGUGGAGACAGUAGUUGGACCUCCUGCACCCGACGUUUCGUCACCAGACUUCUUCUGGGGUGGGCAAAACAAGCAGCACUAGGACUGCUCUGAUGUGUACCGUCUCAGUGGGAGGCUGCUGUACCAAAUUUUCAGUGCAAAAUUCCUUUUACCCCCCCCCCCCCUAAAAAAAAAAAAUAAGUGUCGUAUGGAUGCUCUUUUCUAGUGAUAUAUAUUUUUAUAAUGUGGCAUUAAAAAUAUAUAAAAUUUUAGACCUUCCUAAAAAAAAAAAAAAAAAAACACCUGAGAAUCCGUGCAACUUCUCCAAUAUCCUUUUUUGAUCAUAGUAGUUCAGAUAAUGAGGCACAAUACAUUUUCAUGUAGAUUUUGUCUUUUUACUUUUCUAAAAUUUCUUACAUUUUUUGAUGGACCCCUCCAAGGUAAUCAUUGCUAUAAAGCUCCAUAAAUUCAUAAUUCAAAUCAACUAGAGAAAUCUAUUGAUCUUAUAAUAAAAUCGAUUUUGAAGAUUUUCAUGAGAAUAUAAUAUAAGCCCUGUAAAGUCCUAUAAAAGUAAAAUGACAUUUAUAAAGUUAUGCCAAAACAAAGUACACAUAUUAUGAAUGCGAAUUAUGUACUCAUUUAUGUGGCAUGACUAUAUCUCCUUAAUGCGGAGAAUGGCAAAUAUUUUAAAAUGCAAAUUUCCAAAUUCCAGAUUUUUCAGUUUUUCACAAAAUUUACCACUAACCUAAAGUACAAUUGGGGAGAUUUAUCAAAACUUGUCCAGAGGAAAAGUUGCAGAGUUGACAAAAAUGAAAGAAGUAAUCUGAUUGGUUGCUAUGGGCAACUCAGCAACUUUUCGUCUGGAAAGGUUUGAUAAAUUUACUCCAAUGGGUCACAAAAAUACUUAGAAUCACUUGUAUAAGUUAAAGCUUCACAAAGUUAAUAUUACAUAAAGUAAGGCAGGUUAGAUUUGAAUAAUGAGCCUUGGACUUUACGAAAUUAUAUUUAAGUCAUAUAUUGUGGACAAUUUACUCCUUUAAAGGGUUUAUCCAGGAAAAAACUUUUUUUAUAUAUCAACUGGCUCCAGAAAGUUAAACAGAUUUGUAAAUUACUUCUAUAAAGAUGUCUCGGGAACCGCCCAGUUUAGAAGAGGUUUUGCUAUGGGGAUUUGCUUCUAAACUGGGCGGUUCCCGAGACACCUGUCAUCAGAGAGCACUUAGACAGAAAAGAACAACCUUAACUUCAGAAGCUCAUAAGUACUAAAAGGAUUAAGAUUUUUUAAUAGAAGUAAUUUACAAAUCUGUUUAACUUUCUGGAGCCAGUUGAUAUAUAAAAGUUUUUUCCUGGAUAACACCUUUAAAGACAGAAAAUGAGUAUUUGCCAAAAAUAGGAGGGACACCAUAGACUUGUCAGAGAUUUCUAUAGUCCCUAUUUGUAUCUGAUUUUCUGAAGCAAUAAGUCAGCCAUGAGCUUCAAAAGACCUGUAUUCAUUUGAGUAUUUUCUCUAUUAACUUCCAAGCUAUGAAUUGAAGCCUACUGAAAUGAUAAAACUCUUAUAGCAGGUCUUAGUAUGAAGAAGGUCUCCAGAAAUCUCCCAAAAGCAUUAGCUGACACUAGGCUCUGAAAGGCAAACCAGGAUGACAACCAGGGAUGUAAGAUUUCUGAAUUUAAAGGGGUACUCCACUGGCCAGCGUUCGGAACUAAAUGUUCUGAACACUGUUUUCGCACUGCGGGGGCCGGCCCCACCACUUGGGAUGUCAUGGUCACGCCCCCUCAAUGUAAGUCAAUUCGUGAUGGUGGCCGUGAGGUUACGAGGGGCGUGGCCCACCUCCGCAGCACGAAAACAGCUUUUGGAACAUUUAGUUCCAAACACUGGCCAGUGGAGUACCCCUUCAAGGGAGACUGAUGUGCUUCAGGAUUGAUUUAUCUAAGAAUAUAUUGCUUUGAGAUUGUAGAAUACACUUUGCUAUACCAUAAUAAACUUGGGGUAAGGACUGAUGUUAAAGGGGUAUUCCAGGAUUUUUGUUUCUUUGAAUGUAAGAUGGGGGCAGCUAAGUUAGUCUAGUUACUAAUAUACUUCACUUACCUGGGUUUGGUGCCUGGUAUCACAUUUUUUCUCUUUUACCCAGAAGUUCAUUUUUUGCAGCUUACAAAAAGAGUUUUCUCGAAUCUUUCCCAGCUUGCUCUGCUGCCCAAGACAAUACAUCACAAGGCAGGUACUGGCUGCUUUGUCUGUUGUGUUUAAAGCCAGCCCAACGAUGACGUUAUGGGCGCACAUGUGCAUGCAUUCAUCAUUACACAGAUGCACAGCUUGUGUGUCAGGUGAUGUCGGACAAGUGAUGUGAUUAAAGUAGGUGAGGCUGUGCUGCAAUUGGUGGGGUGGGAAACAUGGGAAGGGAAAUAACUAAUCUCUUACCUUGAAACAAAGCACCCUGGGGAUUGUAGUCUAAGGGAGGUCAAAGAAACAGGAAUUAGCUAGCUCCCAAAAAGAAGCCAGCAGCAUGAUGGGGGACACAGGACACGGCCAUUAACCACCAACACAAGCCCAGAUCCUUUGUAAGCAUGUCCAUUACUGUAUGACACUUAAAGAGUACCUGUCAUCAUCUAAACUUUCCCUGAUCCCCCUUCCCAUCUGCCCCUUUCUCUAACUAUGCCUAUCCCUGUGUUUAUUGAGGUUUAAAACGCUGUGAAAAUACCUUUUUUCAUCCCUCUUCAUUAGCUCAGGAGCACUGUCUUUCUGAGGGGUGGAAGGAGGCGGGUCCCAGCAGGCAUGAUGUCACAUGAAGCUUGGCUGGGGCUCUGCUUCUGCCAGUCUUCCUGUAUGCUGCUCUCCCUCUGCAGCAGUGUUUCCCAACCAGGGUACCUCCAGC